CUUUCUGCUUCCCUGUCUGUAACCUCAACUAUUCACCUUUACAAACAUGACCUUUAACACAUUAAUUCGGAGUUUUGCUGCAUAUUCAACAACGAUACGUCGUCUUGCACGGACUAUGAAGAUUGCGAUAAUAGGUCAGUCCGCUUUUGGCGUGGAUGUCUACAAAGCGCUAAGAGAUAAUGGCCACGACAUCGUCGCCGUUUUCACGAUCCCCGACAAAAAUGGGCGAGAGGAUUUACUUGCUCUGGAAGCAAGCAAGGAUGGUGUUCCCGUUCAUAAACCACCAAAAUGGCGGAAGAAGGUUGCAAAUGGGAAAUUUGAGGUCUUGCCGGACAUGCUAAAACUCUACCUCUCUUACAAAGCUGAACUGAAUGUGCUGCCAUUUUGCACCCAGUUCAUCCCAAUCGAAGUCAUUGAGGCUCCAAAGUUUAAAAGUAUUAUCUAUCAUCCGUCUAUUCUCCCGAAACACAGAGGUGCAUCUGCAAUCAAUUGGACUCUGAUAGAUGGCGAUAAGGAAGCUGGUCUUACCAUUUUUUGGGCCGAUGAUGGCUUGGACACCGGACCAAUUUUACUCCAAAAGAAAUGCAAAGUCGAGCAAAACGAUACGCUGAACUCAUUGUACAAGAGGUUCCUGUAUCCAGCUGGAGUUGAUGCAAUGGCAGAAGCAGUAGAGCUGAUUGCAGCUGGCAAAGCUCCACGCAUUGUUCAACCCACUGAAGGAGCUACGUACGAACCAUACAUCACCGCCAAGCCAGAACUGGCUGAGAUCGACUGGAAGAAAACACAACAGCAGCUCCACAACUUUAUUCGUGGAAAUGACAAGGUACCCGGAGCUUGGGCUACUCUCAACGGAGAGAAGGUAACGUUGUACGGUAGCACCCUCUACCGAGCACCAGUCCCACCUCCUUCAGCUCGAGAACUUCAAGUGACCGAAGUCCCCGGAGGAAAAGUCUAUGUUCACGACAAGGGGCUCCUUGUGCCAGGCAGUGAUGGAAAAUGGGUCAAUGUGGACACUGUAAAAGUUGGCUCAAAGACAAUGCCAGCGAAAAAGUAUGGCGUGGUUGAGGAAAAUGGAGUAAAGGUGGAAUUUACACCGGAAGAGCAGAAAGUGGUGGAUGAAGUCAAGAAAAUCUGGGAAGCCAUUUUAAAAACGACUGUCGAAGCAGAUACAGAUUUCUUCGAGGCUGGUGGUACAUCAGCUGACGUCACCCGACUUGUAGAAGAGAUCAAAUUCCAUUCAAAAGUUGAACUCGAAAAUACAGAUAUAUACUUGGGUUCAACAUUCGGUGAAAACGCUGAGAUAGUCGUGAAGAAGAUGAGAGGUGGAGACAAGAUCACCGUGGAAUACGAUCCUAUUAUUGUAAAUGCUAAUGGAAUGGAGCUUAAAUUCCCUCAUGAGCUCUUCAUCGAUGGCAAAUUUCAACCUUCCUCAAGUGGAAGGACAUAUGACACCAUCAAUCCUACGGACGAAUCAGUCAUUUGCAAAGUUCCCAAAGCUGAUGCGAAUGAUGUGAACAGAGCAGUUGCUGCGGCAAAAGCGGCGUUCGAAGAUGGUGAAUGGCGGAAGAUGUCAGCUCGUGAUCGAGGAAAGCUAUUAUUCAGACUAGCAGACCUCAUGGAAGAACAUAAGGAAGAGUUGGCGACGCUCGAAUCCUUGGAUUCAGGAGCCGUCUACACCUUAGCGCUCAAAACACAUGUAGGAAUGUCCAUUGAUGUGUGGAGAUACAUGGCUGGAUGGUGCGACAAAAUUCAGGGCAGCACGAUCCCGAUUUCCAACGCUCGGCCGAAUUACAAUCUCACACUCACCAAGCGAGAGCCUAUCGGAGUUGUGGGUCUGAUCACGCCAUGGAACUACCCUCUCAUGAUGCUUUCGUGGAAAAUGUCCGCUUGCUUGGCAGCUGGAAACACAGUGGUGCACAAACCAGCAGGAGUCACACCAUUGACAGCCCUGAAAUUUGCCGAAUUAGCAGCACUGGCCGGAAUCCCUAAUGGAGUAAUCAACAUCGUUACAGGAUCAGGAGCGGAGAUUGGCAAAGUACUAGCUGAGCAUCCAGAUGUUAGAAAAGUCGGCUUCACCGGUUCGACGGAAGUUGGUGCAGAAGUAAUGACUAGCUGUGCUCAGUCAAACAUCAAGAAGGUGUCGUUAGAACUGGGAGGCAAAUCUCCACUGAUAAUCUUCCCAGACUGCGAUUUAGAAAGAGCAGUCAAACAAACUUGUGGCGCUGUUUUCUUCAACAAGGGAGAGAACUGCAUUGCUGCUGGUCGAAUUUUCGUUGCUGAUAGCAUUUAUGAUAGUUUCUUGAAGAAGCUGGUCGAUGAGACCAAGAAGUACGUCAUUGGAGACCCUCUUGACCGAUCGACUGCCCACGGACCACAAAACCACAAAGCUCAUUUGAAUAAAUUAGUCGAGUUUGUACAAAAGUCAAAAGAAGGCGGAGCCAAGGUGGUUUACGGAGGAGAACGUCUUCCGCGACCUGGCCUUUUCUUCCCUCCUACAAUCCUGUCUGAAGUAGAGGAUGAUAAUUUUGCUGCAAUCGAAGAAUCGUUCGGGCCAAUUAUGUGUGUUAGCCGAUUUGAUGAUGAUGAUGUUGAUGAAGUAGUCAGAAGAGCGAAUUUGACCGAAUAUGGAUUAGCCGCUGGAGUGUUCUCAAAGGAUAUUUCGAAAGUUCUUCGUGUGGCUGAUCGACUCCAAGCCGGCACUGUGUUCAUAAAUACCUACCAAAAAACAGACGUUGCCGCACCCUUUGGUGGUUUCAAACAGUCUGGAUUCGGAAAAGAUCUUGGGCAAGAAGCGCUGAACGAGUACCUGCAAACGAAAACUGACAGAAAGAUGCGAGAGGUGUUGAAUAUUUUGUAUUGCCAUGGAUUGGGAUCAUCAAUCAACAAUCGAGUGGGAACGGGUCUUGUGGAGUAUUUUAAGAAUACACCUCAUUAUUUUAAAAGAUUGCUCUACCGGAAUCCUGGUUCCCGCAAUGUGCUAUGGAAUAUUUCCGAAUGGAGGGAAGACAUUGAGAAGCGUGUAGAUGGUAAAGAAUGGGUGGUGAUUGCAAGCAGCGCUGGUUGCCAUGCUGCCCUGAAUGCAGCAAAGAAUCGUCCUGGCAACAUAAAAGGACUUUUUCUGUUUUGUCCGGGUGUCUCGCUUACGUUCAAUUAUGUGAACACAAUCGCUCCCGGCGCUAGUGCUGCCCUUCAGAAUGGUCAGAGUCUUAUCCAUCCAGCAUCACGUGGAGGACAUGAAGCUCUUAUUAACAGAGAAUGCCUGCAGCACUACCUUGAUACAUGUGUAACGAAGACUGAAGGUCUGAUCAACAUUCAUUGCCCUGUCAGUAUAGUCCACGGCACAAAAGAUGAGAUGGUGCCCUUCGAAAACUCGGUAUCAUUAUCCAAACGCUUACGCUCCACAAAUGUUGAGCUAAUGCUCAUACCGGAUGGAACUCAUUAUUUAUCAGUGGAUGAAAGAACAGCAAAGAAGUUGGACGAGUUUCUUGCUACUGUAAGCCGUCUUGAGAACAGUCCAAGCAGGGUCAUUCAAAGUAAGCUGUAAUCUCAUAAAUGAAAGCGUUCACAGAUUUUUUCACUCUGAUUCACGCGAGGACAGUUAACUAGCUAACGAAAGUUUCAAUUGAAUGCCAAGCUUUAUCCUACAUGCAACCUUAAUGUAGCAUCACUACUUGGAAUGAUUCUACUUCGUCUGAC